AGCACCUUUUGAUAGUUGAGUCAAUUAGUUCAAGCUCAAGGUCUCCCUUUCCUCUGGGUUUUGGAGAGAUUCUAGUGGUAAAGCUAGUAGGAAAAGGUGAGUAGUUUUCGAUUUGUGGGGUGAAGACACGGAUGAAUAUGCCAUCAAAUUUUCUUUCUAUGAACCUACCAAAAAUUGUUAUGGAAAGAAACUUCAGUUGACAGCAGCGAAGCACAAAUAGGGAAAAAACCUUUCAAUGCCUUCGCCUCUUCCUCCUGAACUAGUUGCUCUCAACUAUGGUUGUGAAGCAAAUCAUGAUAUCCCUCUUGCUACAGUUGCUAGACCCUCUAAGGUAGAUUGGCCAUGGAAGUUGAAUUUAACCGGCAAUUGGCUAACAUUUGCCUCAGUUGUUCAUAAUGAUAUACUGAUCUAUCUAGAAAAGUUGAUGUACAUUGCCUUUUCAUCAUUCUUAGGAUUGGUUCUGUGCUUUUUCUGGAUUGUCACAGCUGCUACUGCAGCAUACGUCAAAGGGGAAGGAUGGAAGCCAGGCGGGAAUGAGACUGCUUUAAUUAAUACCUAUCCAAUCCAAGAAAGCAUCAUAGUGGGGAAUUGGAUCUAGUCUUGCCAUCAUGGAGAUGGCUUGCAACAUCUUACAAGAACUAAAGAUCAAUCACCACAGUUUUGAACAUUACACAAUUGUCAAAAGAUUAUUAGAAAGAUGCUCAUAUCUGUUUAUGGUGAAUGGAAGGGCAAACUCUUGACAUGGAACAGAGAUCUUAUCUUGAAAAUUUUAUUGAUUGUGUUCACUGGUGCUUACUUACCGGACUAAAUGAUACGUGGAAUG